AAAAACCUAGCCAUUAUCUCCCUCCCCCCGCCGCUCUUUCUCAUUUCAUAGUUCUUAGCAUUAAUGGAAGACCAGGUUCAUACUAAUACCAAUCGUCAAAAACGUCCUCACGCUAUCUUCAUCGCCUACCCUCUCCAAGGCCACGUAAUCCCAUCCGUCCAUCUAGCCAUCAAGCUUGCAUCACACGGCUUCAAGAUCACCUUCAUCAACACCCACUUCAUCCAACACCAUACCUCCAAGGCGCAACCAAAAUCCGCCGGGAACCCUUUCGCCUACUUACAUGAAUCCGGCCUCGACAUAGACUACACCACCGUCUCUGAUGGCCUACCCGUUGAGUUCGACCGGUCGCUUAAUCAUGACCAAUUCAUGGCUUCUUUGUUGCAUGUGUUUUCGGCCCACGUAGAGGAGGUGGUGGGAAAGGCUGUGAAGUCUUCGGCUGACACCACACCGGUCACUUGUAUAAUUGCUGACACGUUUUUCGUGUGGCCCUCGAAGAUUGCCAGGAAGUUUGGGAUUAUUUACGUUUCAUUUUGGACAGAACCUGCUUUGGUUUUUUCACUUUAUUAUCAUCUUGAUCUUCUUCGAAUGCAUGGCCAUUUUGCAUGUCAGGAUGUGCGAGAGGACACCAUAGAUUACAUACCAGGAGUGAGAGCAAUCGAUCCCAAAGACAUGAUGUCAUAUCUUCAGGACACUGAUACAACAUCUGUGUGCCACCAAAUCAUUUUCAAUGCCUUCAAGGACGCCAGAGGUGCACAUUUUCAUCUGUGCAACACAGUGCAGGAGAUUGAAUCUGAGACCAUAUCAGCCUUGCAAGCCAAGAUGAAGUUCUAUGCCAUUGGACCCAUUUUUCCAACCACAUUCAGCAAGAACAUUGCGGCUACGAGCCUGUGGUCCGAGUCAGACUGCACCCAGUGGCUCAACACCAAGCCCCAUGGCUCGGUUUUGUAUGUCUCAUUUGGUAGCUAUGCUCAUGUUGCGAAAAAGGACCUUAUAGAGAUUACUAACGGGCUUAAGCUUAGCAAAGUGAACUUUGUUUGGGUGCUUCGGCCGGAUAUCGUCAGCUCAAACGACACCGACCCGUUACCCUCGGGCUUUCGAGAUGACGUCAAGGAUCGGAGCAUUGUCAUACCGUGGUGCUCGCAAAAGGCGGUCUUGGCCCACCCGGCCAUCGGAGGGUUUUUGUCACAUUGUGGAUGGAACUCAACAUUGGAGAGUAUUUGGUGUGGUGUCCCAUUGCUGUGUUUCCCUUUGCUUACUGAUCAGUUCACUAACAGAAAAUUAAUAGUUGACGAUUGGAAGGUCGGGAUCAAUUUAUGCAAUCGGAGGGUGGUCAGCAAGGAGGAAGUGUCGGAGAAAAUCAACCGUCUGAUGGAUGGAAAAUCAGGGAAUGAGUAUAGGAGAGCAGUUGUCAAGGUUAAGAACACAUUGGAGGAUGCAUUGACACCCAACGGAUCAUCAGAGAAAAACAUGGACAAUUUCAUCAAGGAUCUAAAGGCCAAGAUGUGAGAACCCCAAAAGAUGAAAUAUUUUUCCUUCCAAGUGGUACAUAAUUUUCUUGAAUAAAUAUUUGUUGUAUAUACUUGUGCAUAAUAAACGUUCUCACGACCCUUGCAAACCAAGGAUAAAACUAUGUACUAUAGAUGUUCCUUUCCGAUCUUCGCAAAGCAAGAAGCCUAGUUGGCUUGAGGCUGCCCUUUUAUAUUCGUGUCAUUGUUUAUAGUUGACUUUGUAACGUACGGAGUUGAUUGAAUAGAGGAUGUAACAUGAAGUGUUGCCAACAA